AUGAACAACAACACAAACUCCUCAAGAGCAGAUCCGACGUUUUAUCUCACCACAGAACUGGCUACUGGGAUCGUUCUGACGAUUCUAUCGCCAGUAACAGUGAUAAGCAACGCGUUACUACUUUUUACCAUCUUCAAAGAUCCUCUCAAAUGUUUCCGCACUUCUCCAACUUAUUUCAUUGUCGCCUUAGCCCUUGUGGAUCUGAUAACUGGCAUUUUCAUUGAACCGUUUUUCAUAAUGGCUCGAUUAGUUCGUUACAUCACGUGGUCGACUAGGCGAGUCAGCGAACCAUAUAAAACCCUAUCGUCUCUCGGUGGUAUGUUCUCUUACGUGGGUCUCAACGCGUCUUUUCUCCUCGUCCUUGGAUUAAUCGUCUCACAGUUCAUCGCAAUAACCUACCCGCACCGCUAUCGUGUAAUCGUGACAACUCGCAGAGUUCUUGCGUGUGUCAUCCUUUCGUGCGUGUACUUCACCGGGUUCAUUUUAUUACAGUACGUGGGUGUUCCACUAGCGACUCUGAAUAAAGUGGAUCUCCACCUUCAUUCAACACUCAUCACGGUUCUACUAAUAUCAAGCUCGUUGCUGUUAUUGGUAUCGUUUCACAAAUUUGCGGAAACCUCUCGACGCAUCACAACGCAAAACUCAGAAACUCGAUACGCGCGCGGCGGACACGAGAGCAAGAAUCGGCGCAACAGAAUCAGCCAAAGGCAAUUUACCAUUGUAACUUUAAUUUUAUCAGGAAUUCUCAUUGUAUGCUCUCUUCCUCACAUCGUGUUUGUUCAUCUCCGUUUGUACAUGAAACAAGAGACGCUACAAGAGCGUCUUGAUUUAUUUGCCUUUGUCAUAAUUGGAGAUGAGAUGAUGUUUGUCAAGGUAGCCUUGGAUGCGUUUAUUUACGCGUGGAGGCUGGCUAAAUACAGAAGAUCACUGAAAAUUGUACUGGGGUGUAAUGCGAAUCAAGUGAACCCUGAUGCUACUGAGAUAAGAACAAUGGACAACUUUACUUUCCAACAGCCAAAAUCCGAAUCGACAUCAACGACCAUAGUUCAGAAUGAAACGUUUCGAAGAUAA